UGUUGUUCGUUUUGCUUUAUUUUUUUGAAAGUCAAAAUUUCCAUGAAAGUGAGGAAGAUAGACAUCAAUUGUUGUAUUUUUUUAAGUUUAGGACAUCGUUAAGUGCUAUAUCUGCCUAUGAUCGAUGCACAUAUAACAGAGACAAGUAACAUGGAAAAAGACGAAGUAAUUUGUAUUUCAUCCGACGAUGAGGGAACUGGGAAGGAUGAAAGCAACAGCAAAGAAUUGGAAAGUCAAUGUGACUCUCAUGUAAAAAUGGAAAUUCUGCCAAACGAAGAUGGAUGGACAGUAACUUGCGGGCGAAAAAGAAAAGCGUUUGAAAUAAGUAACGGUGCUAAUAACGGCCCUGAAAAGAUCACAAAAGUAUUGUUGCACAGAGUGGACGAAAAUGUUGAAUUCCCUAACGUGGAGAAGAGUUCCAACGGAUUCAAAAGUAUACAGAAAAAUAAAACGGAAACACAGACGCCAAAACCACAAUUGAUUAUAAAAGAGAAAAGAUCGUUUUCACCUGUGGGACAGGACAUAUUUCCCAUGUUUCUUAGUUUAUGUUUGCAAAAGGAUCGUUCGGAAGAUAUGAAAAUUAUCACGAAUAAGUUAAAAAGAUGUUACGACCAGUUAGAUCCAGCGUACGCGAAUUCCGAACCUUUCACAACGUUUUUGAACGAGAAAAGGCACGAUAUCAUGAAUAGUACAAAUAAAUUAUAUGUGUACAUCAAAGAAGUGAUGAGUGAAAUGAAACACAGCUGUAGAAGAGUUUCGACGUUAUCGGUAAAUGGCAAGAGCUCUACUUCCAGCACGAGCAAAUCGGAGAACAGGAAUCAAAACGUACCUACCGUGUCGUGUUCGAGUACGAGUGCAACAAGUACGAAUAGUAGGGAAACCUGUGACGCUCGUACGGCGGAAACAAGUGAAAAUAACGAAGCAGAUCCAGAGAUGCAGGAUGCCACGCAAAAGAAAAUUAAACUAAUAUUAAAAGCAAUGGAGAAGUGUGAAAAGUAUAUUAAAAAGUUGGAAGAAUCGGAAAUAAAUUUCGACGACGAGAAUAAUAGUAGUUAUAUAAAAUUAGAAAGGUAUAGGUAUAGAAUGGUGGAACUUUAUAACAAACUCUGCGAAUACACUGGAGAUAAUGCCGAUGCGGGAAGACAGUACCUACGACCAAAGCACUUUAGUACAACUGCGAUUGUCGCUGUAGAUCAUGCUAUCACAAGCUUCAUUAAUUCUAAAAUAUCCAAGAGGAAUAAACUUAAGAAAGUCGGCGCUUACACGGACGCGCUGAUCUUUCCAGACUAUAGUGACAUUCUGCAUUGUGUCGCGAAAUGCAAUGAAUUGCAUAACUUAAAGUUGGACAAUAAAAAACAGCAACAGAUCGCAAAAAAGGCGUUUAUCGAAUUGGGAGAGUAUUUGCAACGCUCCCGUCGUAACGAUUACUGGGACACGUUUUCUUUAUUUCUUGAAGAGAAAGAUGACGAUCCUGCCUUGAAGGACGCAGAGUUAGCUAACAAAUUAAUGCAGAAUAAGAUAGAGGGUGAAAAACGAUUGACAAAUAUAUUUCAGGAGUACGUGAAGAAACAGGAAGAGGUAAAAGAGCUAAAUAUUAUGGGUAGUAGUACGUCGUCGUCCGAGAAUGACGAAGAGAAAGAGGAUAGCUCGGAUAACGACAAGAAAGAAAGUAACAAUGAAACUGACGAUGCAAGUUCGAGGACGGAUGUAGAUGCAGCCAGCUCGGAGGAAGAAGAAGUUAGUUUACGCGGUGCCAAAGUUGACGAAAGUAACACCAACGCAACCGAUAAAGGCAGCGUGAAAGGAUCCGAUGUCGACAUCGUAGAGGUAAAUGAAAAACGUCAAACGGAUGUCAUAGAUACGUCAAAGGAUGCCGAUGACGACAAUGUAAAGUCAAAAACCGCUGAAGAUGUUGUAAACAUUCCUAACUGUAAAAGUAAUCCCGAGCCACGGCCGCUAAAUAAAAACGAUGCAACGCCAUUGCUUAAUAGUUUAUCUACCAAGGUAGCUAAUAAAAUCCUUAUUGAUAGAGUAAAAGAGAAUGAACCUAAUGCUAUGACUGAAGAGUCAAAGGAUAAUAUACCGUUAGAAGAAAAGCCAUUGCUACGAGUACGUUCGUUUGCUAAGCCUCCUACAACAUGGGAAGAUGUACACGAUAAAGUAGAUAACUCGCCGGUAGAGAAAAGUACGUUAAGUAACAACGGCAUUAUAGAUCUAACGAAGGAAACGUUCAGUCAAAGUCCAAACUUGACGAAAUGCACAACGAUCCAAAUCGGAUCGAAGAUACUUCCUAUCGUGAAAAGCCAAAUUAAAACAUUGGUUAUACCAGCAGGUAAAAAUAUAAUUAAGGUAAAAAACAUUACAAACAAUUAUGUGAGGCUGAAUUCCCAAGAUAUCGAUUCAAAUAAUGCAGCAAAAUUACAGAAAGGUCAAGCUGCAUCGUCGCUGCACGGGAUAGUAGGUAUAAAUAAAAAUUCUACGGUCGUUCGUCUGCCAUCUAAUCAGUCUAGUAAUCAGCAAAUGAACUCUAAUAAUCAAGGAAACUAUUUAUUAACGAAACAAAACAGCUCGGUCAUACGAAUCCCUCAGUCUAAUCAAACAAUAUUAUUAACCACAAAACAAAACGAAAGUAUCGUUCAGUCUUCAACAUCGAACUCGUCUAAAUCAAAAUCCACAUGACUCGAACAUAAAUUAAAC